AUGGAUGAUGAGAGUAUUCACUUAAGUAUACUAAAAGGCCUAUCAGAUGAGGGAGUCAUUGCUGUAACACAAGACGCCAUAUUAAGUUGUAUGGGGAUACAACAUCCUCAUAAUCAUUAUCGUAAUCGUGAUGAUAAUAAUAAUAAUAUACCUCAUAGUUAUUCACUUCCUGUUGAAGUGGAGAAGGCGGUAUCAGCAUUAUUAUUUCUUAAGAAAUCACUAGAUCAACGUGAUGAUAUUUUUGAAGCAGCACUUCAGAGUAGUCUAGCUGCUUGGAAAGUACUUGAAGAUUCCUUGGAACUUGCCGAUGGGUUUUUGAAUAGUGAGAAUAUUGCUGCAGCUUUUGUUUACUGUAAUAAUUUAGCCAGGUUUCGUGCACUGUGGUCACUUCUCUUUGGUCCUACAUAUCCAUUAACAUCACCUUGUGAAGUACCACCACAUAUGUUUGCUGUACACUGGUCACAGGUACGGUGUCCUGAUGUUAUUCACUGGAUUCAUAAAGCUCACGAGGAUGCUCAGCGGACACUUUUUACACUUCAUUCUGGAGAAGCACCCAAAUUAAGUUAUUUUUUAUUUGUUUUACAACGUACUCUUGGUGUUCAAGCAAUUUUAUUAGAGUGUAUAGCUGAGAUUUUUGAAAAUUCUGCUUUCUAUGUUGAUGUGAUGGUGGUUGUACGCUACAUGCAUACAGCACAUUCUGCAGAGAAGGAGAUGAAAAAGUUAUAUUCUGUAUGGGAUCAAAUGGGAUUACUUGUUAAAACACCUUUUGCUAAAUGUACAUACAGCUCUCAGUCUGAAUUAAAUACAUCUGCUGAUCUCGCUGAUGUCUGUUAUUAUAUGGAUGAGAUUUUACAGGAUCUUGCACAGACACGCAUGGUGUUUCCUACACACUGUCGUUUUCUUUGUGUACUACAGUGUCUUCUUCGGUGUUUGUAUGGGCGAUUAUCACUUCUCUUCUCUAACUGCUUUCUUUCUCUUCCACGCGGUGCCGUAUUAUUGGACGAAUCGCGCGGUGGUGAUACCUCACGUCCCAAUAAUAGUACUACUACUAUUGUUACUACUACUACUACUACUACUACUACUACUACUAUUAGUGCUGCGCCAUUGUCGUCACAACCACCAUAUUACUUCAACUACAGCGAUAGCAAUAAUAAUAAUAAUAACAAUAAUAACAAUGCGGACGCUGACGAACGGUCGUUUCUGUACGCCUGCGGUUGUCGCUCUCUCGCAGAGUCACUGUGGGACGCCACCCAUGGACACUGCGGGGCGACGUUGUGUGUUAUCACUGACUGCACGCAGCGGCCGGGCAGACGUGCGUGGCGCGGCAAUAAGUACACUUUGCUCAGCAGUGCAGAUAACGUGGCCGCGCGGCAGGGUAUGGAGCAUUGGGUGCUGAACUUUGUGUUUCCACGCUCGCGUCUCUCCACGGAGCCCACACUGCGGGCUAAACAAGAAAUGAUGUUUCUACAGACUGUAGUCUUUCAGGUGGCAGGAUCAACAGAGCGGCGAAUGCGCUUCACAAAUGGUGGAUCUAUCUUCCACGUUGUUCGAAGUGAUAGUGAAAUGGAUGGGGGGCGGAUGUACUUCGUACUGCUCUUGCAACAGCAACAACAACAACAGGAAGAGACUCUCUCAUCACACCUUAAUGACAACACAAAUGGCAAAACUGGUGAUGAGAAGUCUCUCUGGGCGUUUCGUUCACUUGAAGAGGUGUGUGCGGCGUGGAGCAUGCCACAAUUGUGUAAUUUGGCUGUUCGACUAGCAGCGUGGGGCGCCUAA